AUGUCACUGGGAGGAUCACGUAUUCAAUUUCAAACUUUGAUGUAGUCAUAAAUAUAAUUCUGUCUUAGCUUAGCGCGUAGAGCAAAAUCCAUAUUACUUUUUCUACGAGGUGGCAGAGUCCCGUGUGGGUGUGCAUCAUGAUAGUACAGUUUCUAGUGUGCUUAGUGCCUACUUCUCGUACAAUGUUUUCUCUUUGCUCUGCUUUUUGUCGUACUAGGAAAUUACACCAAGAAACCUUCUAGAUGCUUUUGUCCUUCUAAGAAAAUCAUUUCUUUGUGGACCAACCUGAAACACCAGCUUCGUAUGGAGAUAGCUGCCGGAGUAACACGACGGGAAGAGCAGACGCUACUACGGAUUCGAUGGAUAGCAGUGUUGAGGUUACGAGUCUAGAAAAAGCAUCUCCCAAGUCAUCUGCAGGAGAAGAAAAAGGAACUAGCUAGAUGAUCUCUCUGUGAGAGCACUGCACUUUCCCUUUUGAUGUUCUUACUUCACUGUCACGACUAACAUGUUAUGAUGAUCUCUCUGUGUGAUGAUCUCUCUGUAUGAUGAACUACCUAGAUGAUCUCUCUGUGAGAUGCAUUGCCUAUACCUCUAAUGAGGGCGGUCCCAGAUUUGCUCAGCGUGUCUUCCAUCCAGCUAUUACACGGCCAAGCAAUGUCCCGACUUUGGACCUCCAAAACCUGCCACCAGAAGAGUUAAGUUGUUCUUUCUAAUAUUGUAAUGAUAUUGGUGUUUUAAUAUCCAAGGUAGAUCAUAAGGUAAACUGAAAAAACUAAUACUACUUUUUUGAGCAGCUAAAAAAUAGUAAGCAGUUUUUUUUUGAUGCAGUGAAAAAACUAAUACGCAGUCUUCUAAGAAGAGACGACUACGGUGAAGACGAGGAUGACGUGGAAGAGGCAGAAGAAGGAGAGGAGAUUCAAGAUGGAGAUUACGAAGAACAUGGAGACACUUACAGUUUGGAAGCAGAUGGAGGACAUGUACAGUUUGGAAGUUAAGGCUUGCCUGUUAGUUCCCCUCAUCGGUCUUCGUAAGUAUCCAUUUCAUCUUUAGAGAAGCCUCCCCUAUUGCUUGGUGCAUCCUCAGAGAAGGCAUCUUCUUGAUAGUAGAGACGUUAAUGAUUUACAUAAUACUAGACGUGAAUGAUACUAGACGUGAAUGAUACUAGACGUGAAUGAUACUAGAUGUAUUAAAUAGCCGCUUAGGUGAUCUAUCAAAUGGAUUCUUAGCUGAUCAUCGAGUAAGGAUCGCAACACGAAGCGUACACAUGACAUAGAUCUAUUAAAUAGACGAGACGUUUUCUAGUUGCCGCAGCGGUCUCAAUCUCAAGAUGGAUAGCGGUGAGCUCUAAGAUGGAGACCAUGGGGGUUAUCAUGGUGGUUACUAUCAUGACGAGCAAGAGGGCUACUACAAUUACGAUCAUAAUGGCGAAGGCGAACAAGGAGAGAUGAAUGGCGCCGAAGGAUACUACUUUAUGAAUGUCGUUUGUUGCGUAGGCGUACAAAGGCCUCGUAUGCGAGUGUGCUUCAGUCGUGCGCGUACUAAGGCGUAUGCGUUCAUGGAUGUCGUAUAAGUACGUCAUUGACUACUUAGAAUCGUUAUCGUUUGCCUUCUCACUAGGAUAAUGAGCAUAAGAAAGAGUUGGCUACUCUUUAAAAAAUUGAUCAGGUCUUCUUCACCACAACAUAUAUUGCAUAAGCCUCUUCUAAAGACUACAACGCCAACGCAGAAGUAGGAGAUGACGGUCAAAUGCGAGUUGAAGGACAGCAAGUGGCAAUCGUGGAUGAAGAUUCGGCUACUGCCCAAUACGCGUCUGCGUCUUAG